AACGCCAGUUGCUUGUGGUUCACGAAUUGCGACUUCCGGUCGAGUCAUCGCCUACCAAACAACUGAUUACUUUCCCUCCCGCCACCGCCGGCCCCCACCUUUUCUUCCCUUCUCCGCCACCCCUCACAACUACCACCACCUGUGUCUCUCUAGGGUUAGGGUUUUCUAAACUAAUGGAUAAUCCAUCUGCAUCUCCAUGUUCGUCUCCUUCUCCAUCUCCUUCUCCAUCUCCGCCUCUGCCUAGGGUUUCCGACAUGGACGUGUUUCCUCCCAUCUCUGAGGAUUCCACCGCCGUCUGGGACUGGGGCGACCUCCUCGACUUCACCGUCGACGAUCACCUCGCCAUAUCCUGGGACUCCGAUCGCCCCCCGCUGGCGAUCUGUCCCCCGCCGGAUGUUAAUACCGAGCGGGCGUCGCCGUCGCCCGAGGGUCUCGACCGGGUUCGGAAGCGGGACCCACGGUUGACCUGUUCUAACUUCUUGGCCGGGCGGAUCCCCUGCGCGUGUCCGGAGAUGGAUGAGAAAAUGAAUGAAGAGGGCGCGCCUGGGAAGAAGCGGGCGCGUACAGCACGGGCGACUGCGGGGAUGGUACGAUGUCAGGUUCCAGGAUGCGAAGCUGAUAUCAGGGAGCUUAAAGGAUAUCAUCGGCGGCAUAGGGUUUGUCUCCGUUGCGCAAAUGCUGGCACUGUUCUUCUGGAUGGACAGACCAUGAGAUACUGUCAGCAAUGUGGCAAGUUUCACAUUUUGUCAGAUUUUGAUGAAGGUAAACGCAGUUGUCGGAGAAAAUUAGAACGCCACAAUAAUAGACGGCGAAGAAAACCUUGUGAUUCCAAAAGUACAGUUGAAAAAGAAUCUCAAGGGGACCAGCCUGCUGAAGAUGGUGCCUGUGACAAUGAAGCAGGAAAAGAGAGUUUAUGCCUGAAUAGCCAGGUUGCUGAAGGAGAGAACUUAUUGGAGUCCAGUGAUAUGUAUCCUUCCACUCUAGGCUCGACACCUGGUUCCAAAAAUGUCCAGAGUGAUAGUGUUGCAUCUGUUGUGCUUUCUGGUGAUGCCCAAAUGGAUGGAGGAAAAGAUGGUUCCAAAUAUACUCUUUCUUCAGUCUACAGCGACAAUAAGAGUGCCUACUCAUCUAUGUGCUCAACAGGCCGAAUCUCAUUCAAGCUUUAUGACUGGAACCCUGCAGAAUUUCCGAGAAGACUACGACAUCAAAUAUUCCAAUGGUUGGCUAGCAUGCCUGUUGAGUUGGAGGGGUAUAUCCGCCCUGGGUGUACAAUCUUGACUGCUUUUAUUGCAAUGCCAAAGUUAAUGUGGGUUAAGUUAUAUGAAGAUCCUGCUUUAUAUAUACAUCACUUUGUUGUUGCACCUGGAGGAAUGCUAUUUGGAAAAGGCACAUUUUUUGUCUAUCUAAACAACAUAAUUUUUUGUGUUGAGAAAGAUGGAACUUCAAUUACAAAAAUCAAGGCAGAGAUGCGGGCUCCAAGGCUUCACUAUGUUCAUCCCAUUUGUUUUGAGGCUGGCAGGCCCAUGGAAUUUAUUGCUUGUGGAAGUAAUUUGAGCCCAGAUAAAUUUCGGUUUUUGAUUUCUUUUGCUGGGAAGUAUCUGCCAUGUGAUUAUUGCAUUGCAGUGCCACAUGGUGAAAGUGAAGGGAACACUGAUUGCAGUUAUGAACACCAAUUAUACAAGAUAUAUAUUGCUCAUACUGAACCAAAUCUUUUUGGCCCUGCAUUUAUUGAGGUUGAGAAUGAGUCUGGCUUAUCCAACUUUUUACCCAUUCUCAUUGGGGACAGAGAAGUUUGUUCUGAAAUGAUGAGACUGCAGCAGAAAUUUGAUGCAUCCCUCCGUUCGAAAGGGUCUGAGUUGCUGACUAUUGGUUCUCCACCUGACCCUUGUGAGGUUUUUGUGUUGAGACAAACAUCAAUUUCUGAAUUUCUGUUGGAUAUGGCAUGGUUACUCAGAGAACCUGCAUCAGACAAUUUUCAACAUGUUUUGAUUGCUUCACAGAUUCAAAGAUUUAAUUGUCUAUUAAGUUUUCUAAUACAAAACAAGUCCAUCAUCUUCUUGGAGAAGUUCUUACAAUAUAUGAAGGUUCUGAUGGAUAAUGUGGAGUUGAACAGUCUAUUUAACAAUGUUAAUAAUGCUGAUAUGAGGUUAUUUCUGAAGCAUAUGGACCAUGCUAAAGAUAUUAUUCAUCAGAGAGUACAGAAAAGUGGGGUAUUAGUGGUGGAUCCAGGAAAUUAUGUGCCAAAAGGGGAUCAUUUUUCCCAAAGUUGCUUUGAAAAUUACUCUGCAUCUGUUGUUCCAUUUUCAGAUCGGGACGUGGAGGCGAGGGAGGAUGAUAAGUUUGGGGUGAUAUGUAGUUCAGUUUUUCUCAGUCGAGGUGAUGCUCCACUUCUGGAUAGUGAGGCUGUUGUGAAAUUUAACCACAUUGAGUGGCAGCCAAGAAACUCAUGUGGUCGUAUUUUUUCGACAAAAGUGAUAAGCUCCCGUCUUGUUUUUGUAAUUGCUACAGUGGCUGUCUGUUUUGGGAUAUGUGCAGUUCUCUUCCACCCUCACAAGGUUGGGGAAUUUGCAGUAACCAUUCGCCGAUGCUUGUUUGACACCUCUUAGGUUGUGGAUUUUGCUUGAUCUGUACAUUUGUAUCUGUACGCUGUAAAAGCUGAAUCAAACCAGCUCUGGCAUGUACCAAUUUGCUCAUUCAGAGUCAUGUGCAUCUCCUUGGCUGCUGGGCAUUGGCUGCUGAAGUAGAUUUCUUCCACCGUUCUAGUUCAAUGCUUUGUUUCUUUGGUGGCAUUAUUAUUUCACCAAGCUCACCACCAUGCCAGCGUUUGAUCGAGGAUGGUUGCAGGUUUUUAAAAGAAUGUAGGCUCACUCUUACAGAAGUUCCAUUGGAAAUAUUGUGUCAGCUGUAGUUCACCCAUCCCUGUUGUACAUGAAAUCAUUGUGACAAAUAAUCAGAAAGGCAUUCUGUUUUGGGUAUCCUUUUUUUUGUUUUUAUUUUAGUUUUUUCUAGUUGAAAGGUACCUUCUAUUAUUUACAUUAUUCAUGUGUUAUGAAACAAUGGAGGUCCAAGUCUAGAAGGACAAGGGGUAUAAAGUGUUUUGAAAAUCAUUUCGCGAUUUUGAUGCGAUUUUUAAAAUUUCAGAAGUUCUCAAUAUUAUUCAAGCUUCAAGAA